AUAAAAGUAAAGGAAGAGCUUUGACUUUUGAUAUCAAGAAAUUAAAGAUUUUCACCUCAUCAAAAGAGACUGAUUCAAUGAGCUACCUUUUUUCUUAAAACAUCUUUGUAACUCCCAGAAACUCUCAAGUCUUCAGGUUCUGCAACUUCACCGAAUACACGGACGGCUGUGGUUUGACGAUGUCGAUAGACAACACUGCUUUUGCUGGUCUUUUUGCAUCCUUGUUGGCUGAUAUUACAGCAGUCACAGAAUCAGUAGAGUGCAUAGAAGUAGAGCAGGAGAGUUUCUUUGAAGCUGGAUGCUACCUUUAUCGAGUUUUUCCAGUGAUAAUGGAGUUGAAGUAUACUGAGAAAACCCCAAAAAAUGCAAAAGAGAUUCUAGAAACUAUUUCCCAGAAUGUCAAUCUGGCAAAAGAUCUUGUGGGAGAUUGCGAUAAAAAUAACCAACCAGUUUCAGAUUCUGAACUUGGAAGCAUCAUAGGCCAGCUGGAAGGGGUGAUAAAAGACAUAGGUGAGUGUUUGUGCUUGAUACCAUCUGCAACAUUUGGGGGCGAGGGAUAUGCAGAAACUGCAGUCCGGUCUCUUUCGGAGGAAAUGCAGAAUGUCCGCUUCAAAGUUAAGAGACCUCAAGAACUACGAACUAAAGAGCUCAAACCACAGAUAUCUUUUGCAGCAGAGCAGCAUAAGAAAUCUGAAAUGGCGACAGAAAGUUCUCAAAUGCCACAACUAACGCAGAAUGUCCACAUUGAAGUUAAGCAACCUCAACCUCAAGAACUACGAACCAAAGAGCUCAAACCGCAGACAUCUUUUGAAACAGAACCGCAUGAGAAAUCAAAAAUGGAAAUAGGAAGUUCUGAAAUGCCACAACUAAUGCAGAAUGUCCACAUUGAAGUUAAGCAACCUGAAGAUCUACGAACCAAAGAGCUCGAACCACAGAUGUCUUUUGCAAAAGAACCACAUAAGAAAUCAAAAAUGGCAACAGAAAGUUCUCACAUGCCACAACUAAUGCCAAUGGAAUCAGAUCUUUACUCUGUCAAUGUGGAAGUCUCAGUCUCCACAGAAAGUUCUCAAGCUUCGAACAUGCCAUGCCUAAAUGAUUUCCUUAAAAUUACGAAUCAGAAAAGCCAGAAUGAGAACGUAAACAAAUCCUUGCCAAGAUUGCCACAGGUAGCUCAUUAUAUCGAACCUAUGUAUGACACUUUCUUCUGUCCAUUGACUAAGCAGAUUAUGGAUGACCCAGUUACCAUUGAGAGUGGAGUGACAUAUGAGAGGAAGGCGAUAAUGGAGUGGUUUGAAACGUUCAGUCAUCUAGAGGAUAUAAUCUGUCCAACAACAGGGAUGAAGCUCACGAGCAGGGUUUUAAGCACCAAUGUUGCUCUAAAGACCACAAUAGAGCAAUGGAAGGAUAGGAACGAAGCUGCAAGGAUCAAGGUUGCUCGUGUGGCAUUAUCUUUGGCUAGUUCGGAUAAUAUGAUACUAGAGGCAAUAACAGAUCUGCAACAUAUCUGCAAAAGGAAACAGUACAAUAAGGUACAAGUGCUUAGUGUUGGAAUAUUGCCAUUGCUUAUUAAGUUACUCGGAUACAAAGAUAGAGAUGUCAGAUGUGGAGCCCUGGAACUAUUACGACAAUUGGCUGAGGAAGACAACGAAGGAAAGGAAAUGAUUGCUAAUGCAAUGGAUUUAUCAACGCUACUGGAGUUGUUAUCGAGUAGCCACCAGUCCGUUCAGCAUGCAUCAUUGCUUCUCUUGCUUGAGCUUUCAAGAGGUCAAGCUUUACGUGAAAAAAUUGGGUCAGCAACUGGAGCCAUUUUGAUUCUGAUCAGAAUCAAAUAUAACCAUCAGGUCGAUCCCUUUGCUUCACAAAAAGCAGAUGAAAUUUUAAAGAACCUGGAGAGAUUUCGAGACAACAUAAAGCAGAUGGCAGAGUAUGGGUUCUUGGACCCUCUUUUGAAUCAUCUAACCGUAGGUUCCAAGGAGGUGCAAAUGGAAAUGGCAAGCUACUUGGGGGAAAUCAUACUUGGUAAUGACAGCAAAACUUAUGUGGCCGAGAGGGCUUCUCCUAGUCUCUUUAAAAUGGUGCAAAGUGGUAACACCAUUAUCAGAAAGGCAGCAUUUAAGGCUUUAGCACAAAUCUCAUCUCACCAUCCAAAUGCCCGGAUACUAGUAGAAGCUGGUGUUGUCCAAAUUAUGGCUGAAGAGAUGUUCGCUCGUAGGAUAUAUGAUGAACCAAUGAACUCAAAGAAAGAAGCUGCUGCAAUACUUGCUAAUAUUCUCGAGUCGGGGGUUGAGCAUGAUAGCAUCCAAGUAAAUCCCCAUGGCCACAGGAUAAGUUCAGAUUAUGUUGUCUAUAACAUUAUCUGCAUGCUUAAAAACUCAACAGCUCAUGAACUCGACAUCAAUCUCAUCAGAAUCCUCUUAUGCCUCACUAAGUCACCCAAGUCAAUGGCAACAAUUGUCUCAGUUGUGAAUGAGACUGAAGCAAGCUACACUCUCAUUGAACUCAUCAAUACCCAACAUGAACAACUUGGGAUUGCAGCAAUCAAGCUACUCAUUACCCUUGCAUCACAUGUCGGUAACACACUAGCAGAGAGGCUCUGCAAAACCAGGGGGCAGCCUGAGAGUUUAAUUGAGAGCCAGACUGAAACUAACCACAUCACAGAGAAGCAGGCAGUUUCAGCAAAAUUCCUAGCAAAACUCCCCCAACAGAAUCUAACACUCAACCUUGCUCUUCUGCACAAGAAUGUUGUCCCCACGAUCCUUCAGAGAAUCAUUUUGAUCCAAAGAAGUGGAAUAAGAACUAGCAGGCAUGCAACUGUUUACUUAGAGGGCCUAGUUGGGAUUCUUGUUAGAUUCACAACUACACUGUAUGAACCACAGAUCUUGUUUCUAGCAAAAGCUCACAACCUCACAUCGGUGUUCACGGAAUUGCUCACAAAGACAUCCAGUGAUGAAGUUCAAAGAUUAUCAGCAACUGGACUAGAGAAGCUCUCAUUAGAGUCAAUUAAACUAUCAAAGCCACCAAAAAUUAAGAAAACCAAGCUUACGAACUUGUUCCACCUGCCAAAGCUUCUAUCUUCCAGUUCAUUAAAAAGGAGAAAGAUACCAUUACUGUGUCCAGUUCAUAGAGGGGUAUGUUCUUCAGAAACCACAUUUUGUUUGAUCGAUGCAAACGCUGUCGAAAGGCUAUUGGCAUGCCUGGAUCAUGAGAAUAACGAGGUAGUUGAAGCUUCAUUGGCAGCUAUAUGUACUUUGCUGGACGACAAUGUUGAUGUGAACAUGAGUGUGAGCCUUUUGAGUGAAGUAAAUGCUAUUCAACAUAUCUUGAAUGUGGUGAAAGAGCACAGACAAGAGGGCCUGUGGCAGAAAUCAUUUUGGAUGAUUGAAAAAUUCCUAGUUAAAGGUGGAAAUAAGUCAGCUUCAGACAUAUCACAGGAUAGGUUACUGCCUGCCUCAUUGGUUAGUGCUUUUCAUCAUGGGAAUGGUAGUACAAGGCAGAUAGCUGAGAAUAUUUUAAGACACUUAAAUAGGAUGCCAAACACCUCAACUAGUUAUUACACCAUGUAAAAAAGAUACCCCAAAUUCACUCCGAUGUUAAUUUAAAGCACCUGCCUUUAUGAAGUACACCCCUUUAUUAUAGUAUCAA